GCCCUGCAUCAACAACUAGUUUCAGUCCACUGACAGUGCAGCUAGCGUUACAUUCAGCCCCUUGGGGGCGUCAUGCGCCGCGACAAACUUCCAGCCCCCGGUGGCACUAUUGAUUGACUCGAUAGCUAGGGACUGCAAAGCGAUACGGCUGUACGAAUUGAGUUCAUCAUGAUGGACGAUAAAAGGUGAAGAAUUGCCCUGAAGAAAUCACCAGAGUCUAUUCAAGCAAUUACACUUUCUUAGUCCCGGUCACACCUUGCUUUCAAAAUGCUGUUCACCAAGUCCCUCCUGGUAUUCGCGCUCUAUGUGUUUGGCACGCAGCAUGCGCUGGCUGUCCCUGUCAACCCCGAGUCUGAAGUUGCACGCUCCGUAGAUGUCUCUCUCAAAUCAGGCAGCGGUGAUACCAAAAGCGACCCGAUCAAGGCGGACUUGGAGGUCAAAGGCCAAAGUGCUCUACCAUUUGACGUCGAUUGCUGGGCUAUUCUGUGCAAAGGCGCUCCAAAUGUCCUGCAGCGCGUGAACGAGAAGACGAAAAAUAGUAAUCGCGAUCGGAGCGGUGCGAACAAAGGGCCUUUCAAAGAUCCUACGAAAUGGGGCAUCAAAGCCCUUCCACCUAAGACCCCGGCUUGGAGCACACAGGACUUCAAGUCACCCGAAGAAUACGCGUUUGCUUCUUCCCUUCAAGGUGGAACAAAUGCCAUCCUUGCACCCGUCAACCUCGCUGCUCAGAAUUCCCAAGGUGGUGUCCUAAACGGUUUCUACUCUGCGAAUAAAGUAGUGCAAUUCGAUCCUAGCAAGCCCAAGGAGACAAAGGGUACAUGGUUUCAGAUCACUAAGUUCACUGGUGCUGUUGGUCCUUACUGCAAGGCUCUGGGGAGCAACGAUAAGAGUGUUUGCGAUAAGACCAAGGAUAUCGCAGGGAGCUGGGGCUACGACCCUGCGAAAUGGGCAUAUCAGUAUGACGAGAAGAAUAACAAGUUCAACUACGUUGGUAAGUAGUCAGCUUGCUUCUAUGGCAGGAACAGGGCUUGGAUAUACAUUGUAUGCUACUCAGUUGAUCUUUUCUGCGCACUUGGUAUGAG